GUCUCCGCGUCCGGUUGAAUCUUUUUUUGCUGGCUCACUUCCGUUCCGGAGCACUUUAGAAUGUACGGUCUGGAAUAUAAACACUAAAGUGAGGUCAGCGGUUAUUGAUUAGGUUAUCGACUACUGAUCGUAUAGGUUUGUUUAUGGCACUCAGACUAACGUCGGUCAGCUAGUCACAGCAAUGCUGUAAGAGGUUAGCUAGGUUAGCUAACCUGCAGCCUAUGAGCUAACAGGCUGACGGUAAGGCAGAUGGCUGGCUAGCUGGCAAGGGAGAGGGGAAAUGUUGAAUCGUGUGUUCUGACGGACGGUCAAACAUCAAGAUGAGUUAUAUAUGUAGUUUUAGCAAUAAGUACACACAGCAGUGUUAUUUGUGUAGCUUGUAGCAGUAUUAAAGGGGAGUUUAUCCGCCAGCAGUUACCCAGCUAGCGUUAACGGUUCUGCAACGUUUCUAGCUAUUACAGCAGCUAGCACAGUGCGGAUGUGUGGGUGUGAGGUGCAGCCUUUCAGCCCAUGCAGAAGAACGAGAACCCCGCAUCGGAAAGGAAAGGAAGAACAGCUGCUUUCUCGCUUUCGGUGUCCACAGCAAAGUGUCUGCAGUCGACUGUUUGCUAAGGUCUGAACUGGCCACAUAUUAGCCAUUCGGUCAAACCACGGCCGGCUUUGGAUUUGGAAAUUAGAGCCUUGAGACACACUGGACCAAAGACAGCACUGAUGUAGAGAAUCCUCUGACCUGUCCAUCUCACCCUCUACCUCAAACCCAGGGAAAGAGAAAGAAAAAGACCUCAUUUUUUCGCCUACUGAGGAAGUCACAUGAGAUAAAGACUGGAACCUCCUUCAGGCGACUGUCCAAGCACUAAUGACUCCUGUAGAAGAGUAAGAGGAUGGAAAAAGAAUUACAUCUUCAGUCUCUAAAAUCUCUUGCACAUUCCCUUAGGAACUGUUAAAAGAAGCAUCCGCAUUCGUAAAUCCUAUAAUUAAUUAAUUGUGUUUUUCUUGUAUUCUCCCCAUCUUGCCGGGUCGGAGUUCUGCAGGACUCUUUAGAACUUUUUCUUUCUUUGCUCCUUGCUUCCUGCUGUAUUUGUUGUUUUUGUUGUUGUCGGGACCGGUUGAGCCGGUGGUUGUAUGAGUUUUUGAAGCUGGGGUGCGACUCAUGGGCUGCGAUGAUGUCGGAGGCAGGAGUUUGCCGUCCGGUGAACACGGAGUAUGCCGUCUCUGUGCUGGAGCAGCUCAAGUUCUUUUAUGAGCAGAAGUUACUGACAGAUAUCACCUUGCUGGUGGAGGACAGCGAGUUCCCCUGCCAUAAAAUGAUCCUGGCCACAUGCAGUUCUUAUUUCAGGGCCAUGUUUAUGAGCGGACUGAGUGAAAGUAAACAGUCACAUGUUCAUUUGAGGAAUGUGGAUCCUGUCACCCUGCAGACAAUCAUCACCUACGCCUAUACGGGCCAUUUGGCCAUUAGUGACAGUACUGUGGAGCCUCUCUACGAAACUGCCUGCUUUCUACAGGUUGAAGAUGUGUUGCUGCAGUGUCGCGAUUAUUUAGUGAAGAAAAUCACAGCGGAUAACUGCGUGCGGAUGCUGAGCAUUGGUGACCUGUUCAGCUGCACCGAGCUGAAGCAGAGUGCAAAGCGGAUGGUGGAGCACAAGUUUCCGGUGGUGUACCGUCAAGAGGCCUUUCUGCAGCUGUCUCAUGAGCUGUUGCUGGACCUGCUCAGCAGCGACAACCUGAAUGUGGAGAAAGAGGAGACAGUGCGGGAGGCAGCCAUGCUGUGGCUGGAGUACAACAUGGAGGCUCGCUCGCAGUACCUGUCAUCUGUCCUCAGCCAGAUUCGGAUUGAUGCGCUUUCUGAAGUCACCCAGCGUGCCUGGUUCCAGGGCCUUCCUCCUAAUGAUAAAUCGGUGGUGGUGCAGGGCCUCUAUAAGUCCAUGCCCAAGUUUUUCAAGCCUAGGCUGGGUAUGACCAAGGAAGAGAUGUUGAUUUUUGUGGAGGCGGAGUCUCCUGGAGACAACCAGCCAAUGGUAGUCGGUCCUCGUCACACUGUGGUGUGUUAUAGUCCGCAGGCUGAGAAGGUCUACAAACUCAGCAGUCCACCUGGAGACCUGCAGAAAGUCGGUACUUUGGUCACGCCAGACAACGAUGUCUUUAUUGCUGGCGGACAGGUACCACUUAAAAGUGCAUUGGCAGCAAGCCAUGGCAGCAAAAGUGGCAAGCUUCAGGCCGCUUACUGCUCAGUGGACAGCUUCUACUGGCUGGAUGCUCAGCAGAAUGCCUGGGUGGCCAAAACGCCCAUGCUCUGUGCCCGCACCAAGCCUUCCUUGGUCUAUUGCCAGGGAUUUAUAUACGCAAUCGGAGGCGAUAAUGUGGGCGGAGAGCUUAAUAAGCGUACAGUUGAGCGCUAUGACUGUGAGCGAGAUGAAUGGAGCAUGACGAGCCCACUGCCCUGCGCCUGGAGCUGGAGCACAGCCGUGGCUGCCCGAGACUGCGUGUACGUCAUGAGCCAUGACCUCAUGUACUGCUAUUUCCCUCAUGCCGACACGUGGGUGGAAAUGGCCAUGAGACAGACCAGCCGCUGCUUCGCUUCCGCAGCUGCGCUCGGUGACCUCAUCUUCUACAUCGGUGGACUCCACGUAGUGGGGAACUCCAGUUUGCGGCUGCCCACCAGCACCAUCGAUGGUUCCUCUGUUACCGUGGAGAUUUACGACGUUAAUAAGAACGAAUGGCGGAUGGCCGCUAACAUCCCAGCUAAGCGCUACUCCGACCCUUGCGUGCGCGCCGUGGUUUUGGUAAAUACGUUAUGCAUCUUCAUGCGCGAAACUCAUCUUAACGAGCGUGCAAAGUAUGCCCUCUAUCAGUACGACCUGGAGCUGGACCGGUGGUGCCUGCGACAGCCUGUGUCCGAGCGCGUGCUGUGGGACCUGGGCAAGGACUUCCGCUGCACUGUGGGAAAACUGUACCCCUCCUGCCUGGAGGAGUCUCCAUGGAAACCACCCACCUACCUCUUUUCCCCCGAUGGAGCGGAGGAGUUUGAAGUGGACAGGGACAGGGACAUGGUGGCACUGCCGCAUGUAUAGCUUUAGAGCUCAUAGCAUCCAUCCCCUUAUCCCAGGGGUGUCCAAUUCCAAAACUUAAGGGCCUCAAUCCGGCACAGUUCAGUAAAUUCUGCUCUGAUACACCAGAUUAAACCUGGUUUUCAAAGGAAUACAACCCGUUUUCCUGUAGUUCCUGUUCCUGUAGUUACUGUAAAAAAACAUGAACUGUUAUCUCCAAACUCACUUAAUAGAAGCCACUGGACAGUUGCUUAAUUGUCACUAAAUGAAACAUGAAACAGUUUUGUGCAUUUUCAAAGAUAACUGUAAAAAGAUAAGCUGUAAAUAAGUAUUUUUGGUUCUUGCAUAGUUGAGACUAAUUUCUCGAAGGAAGACUUAGUGGUCAUUUCUUACUGGUUUAGUGAUCUGAGCGGAGUUUUUACAGGCUCUACCAAAUCACUGAUACUAGAAAGCCUUAGGAAAAACGGAAGUAACCUUUUUAUUUUAACUGUUUUUUCAAUGUUGGAAAGUUAGAUAAAAUGUCAUAAGAACAGUUUGGUAAGACGUUCUUUUAGUCUGUCCUUACCGAACACCUUUUGGAGUUAAAAAGUGUUUAUUUGUGGAUUUCAGCAGCUGUCCAUCAGCUUUUAUUAUCAGUGCGUUUAAAAUUAGUGGGUUUUGUAUUCUUUUCUAAUUCAGUGAAUCAGUUGUGUAAGAGCAGGGAAAGCACUAAAUCAUGCUGGACAGUGGCCCUGCAAGACUGAAGUGGACACUCCUGUAUUAGCUUAUUUGCUUAUCUGGAACUUUUUUAAUUCUCUGAAUUCAGUUGACUUCCUGUAGGAGUUUCUGGAUGGUUCUGAGAGGAAUAAAGGGUAGGAGCCAUUCUGGACAGCCAGGGUGUCAAUAUUGGUCGGACUUCCAUUUGGAAUUUAAAGACUUUACUGUGGAAAACGGGGUGAUUUUUAUUUGUUUCCCCCCUUUAACCUGCCCUUCCCGUCCCUGGAGUCACCACUCAUAGCUUACUAUAGCAUAUCCAUUAUAAGCCUCAAAACAGCAGUGAUGAUGAUGAUGAUGAUGAUGAUCCCUCAAAAGACUAGCAUAAAGGGUUUUUUUUUUUGGUUGUUUUGCUUGUUUAUAUCUGUUAGACAUUAUUGCAGGUUUGACAUACUGUUUGAACAAUGUGAUAAUGUAAAGAGAUUAUGAUUUUCAUUGUGGAUGAUGAUGCACUUAGAGGUAAACCUCCUACAAACUGACAUUAGCUAUAGACCUCCGGGAUUGCACGUCACUUUAUAGUCGAUGACCUGCCCAUGUAAGGAACUCUGAUUCUAAGCUAGUUUUGUCUAUGUGGAACAACGAAUGGAAUUUUGAAAAUUGCCGCUAUUGCGCUCUAUGGUAAACGAAAUCAUUCUACAGCUGAUACGUUUAUCCUGUGCAUCAUAACUAACCGCUCAGGCGUAAGUCACUUGCUCUCUAGACGAGAGAGCAGGGAUCAGGCCCAGCACAGGGAAGCACUUGUUGGGUCUAAUGCUCCUUCAGUCUAAUUCAGUCUGGCACUGCGUGAGGUACUUGUGUGAGAUCGGAUUCGACAUUGCAGCUCCUAACUACUUGUUUAUCCUGGAAACUCAUACUGUGAUACCAGUAAUAAGAUUUAAUGUGCAGCCCUAGUGUGGUUUGUUACAGGGUUGCUGAUAUUGGACCGACACUGAUACCCACUGAUGAUAUGCCUGCUCUUGUUGCCAGUCUUACGAUUUUAAUUCAGUGCACAGUGUAGUAUGCAUGUAGCAAUAUUCUCAUUUCAGCUUGUUAAUGACCUCAUAAUUCUGAGAAUCCAGUGAUAUUUUGGGAAUAUAUUAAUACGACAAAAUAUUAGGGGUGGCGUAUAAUGGUAAUAAAGUAUACCACGGUAUUUCAGAUUUCUAUUCUACAUCUGAAACGGCUAAAACAAACACGUUGCACUUAUACUGUAGAGGGGCUCACCGAUUAGGUGGCGCUGAUGAAAAAGAGGGGAAGAAUCAGAGCAGUGUUAACGAUGGCUAAAAACUAUACACACCACAGAACACAUUCAACUUCAUUUCGACUCCAGUUCGACUCCGACACCACUGAACUUGUCAGAUAUCCUCUAAAUGGGUGUCAUUUUAGCAUCAGUUAACUGGAACCAGGUGUGUGCUGUGGUGUGUGGCACGUUUUGCCUGCUAACUGAGCUAUCAUUAGCGCUAAAACGCUACAACCCCAAACGUCGAGAUUUGGUUCGAGUUUGACCAGUCACUCGACUUUUGCUCUCUCAAACAUUAGUUUUUAUCAUCUACAUUUGUUUUAGAAGAGCACCAGUUAGUCAGAAUAGAACCUGUACUGUGGAGUGUGGCACUGUCUGGAUCUAUAGCCUGCUAGCUAAGCUAGCAUUAAGCUAGCCAAGCACGCCACACAUCCAACUAUCAUGGAACAGGUUUAAUUUCACCCUUCUGUCCCUUCGUUAUCAGUUGCUAGACUUCAUUUCCUCAAAUAUAAAUCAUUAUCAUCUAAACUUGUGUGCUUUAGUUAGUCAGAGUUAGUCGGUUCUGCAGGGAACAGAGCUUUUAUCAAGCUAGCUAAGAACUUAGGUAGCAGCACUGUUUGACAUUUAGCAAUUAACACAAUAGCUACAUUUACUGUUUUAUUGAAUGAUGGCUUGAAAAUCAUGCACUGCGUUCAGUUAUUUGGGGAGCAUGUAAGCAAACUAAACUGUUUUGAAAUGACGCAAGAUUUUUACUUUUACGCAACUUGCGAAAGAUUUAACCAGAGCCGGUUUAGGAGGAGCCUGGCCACUUCCUAUUCGUCCAGACCUCAUGGACGUACAUGAGGUGCCGUUUUAAACUCCUAUAUCUCGAGUUUAAAAGCUCUUAAAAACAUAACACCAGUGUUAAAAUGUUCUAUGCUGUUCUGUGUUCAGGAAAUGAUUAUUAUUUUACAUUAAAAAUGUUUAAGCAUUUAUAAACUAUGAUUUUGCUCAGAUGCUCCAUAUAAACCCAUUCAUUUUGGACUCGCUCAGGAGCGCCCUCUAGCGUUUGAGAAACCCGGAAGACAUUACAGAGUGGGAAUUCUCCUCUGAUUUAACCCGCUUAACCACCCAACGCUACGAAAUGUAUCCGCUUUGAAAUACACAAAAGUGAGAACAGCGAUUGUCAAAAACCUUCAUUUUCACCAUAGCUUGUUCCUUAUUUGGGCAUGUCACUAGCUACAAACUGACACCUCUUCAGAGGGCUACGGCACCAAAAGCCCUGUUUUAUUCUAUUCUUG